UUUGUAAAUAUAGUGAUAACAUAGAGAAGAAAUGGCAGGAAAUGAAACGGGAGGAGCAUCGCCGGCGUCAAGGACUCCAUUGAAGAGUAUACUGACGGAGAAGGCAAAGGGAAUACCCCAUGAUGUUGAUGGAACGGUUAAGGCUCAGACAUUAGAUGAGCUUCACUCAUUGCAGAGGAAGAGAUCUGCUCCAACUACGCCUCUCCAAGGGACCAACGCCACCGCCUUUGCUAACCUGUCGGAGGACGAACGCCAGAGGCUGCAGCUCCAGUCCAUCAGUGCAUCUUUGGCAUCAGGGACCAGAGGGACGGGGCCAAAGGUGGUAAGAGGUGAACCCCAAGGCGGAAAGUCUCAGGCGGUGGCGCAUGUGUCUCACCACCACCUAGAGGCACCGGUCAUUAGCGUCAGUGACAGUGCUUUGAAAUUCACACAUGUUCUGUACAACCUCGCUCCCGGAGAGUUGUAUGAACAGGCCCUAAAAUAUGAGAAAGGAUCUUUCCUUACAUCCACUGGUGCAUUAGCCACUCUCUCCGGAGCCAAGACUGGGCGGUCUCCGAGAGAUAAGAGGGUUGUUAUUGAUGAAAUCACCCAAGAUGAGCUUUGGUGGGGAAAGGGCUCACCCAACAUUGAAAUGGACGAGCAUACCUUCAUGGUGAACAGAGAAAGAGCGGUGGAUUAUUUAAAUUCUCUAGAGAAGGUUUUUGUGAAUGAUCAGUUCCUGAACUGGGAUCCAAAGAACAGAAUCAAAGUCAGAAUCGUCUCUUGUAGAGCCUAUCAUUCAUUGUUCAUGCACAAUAUGUGUAUCCGACCCACUAUAGAAGAGCUAGAGAAUUUUGGUACCCCAGAUUUCACCAUAUACAAUGCUGGACAGUUCCCAUGUAACCGUUAUACACACUAUAUGACAUCCUCAACUAGCAUAGACAUUAAUCUAACUAGGAAGGAAAUGGUCAUUCUCGGCACCCAGUACGCCGGCGAAAUGAAGAAGGGCCUGUUCAGUCUCAUGCACUAUCUCAUGCCGAAGCGUCAAAUCCUCUCCUUACAUUCUGGCUGCAAUAUGGGGAAAGAUGGAGAUGUUGCCCUCUUCUUUGGGCUCUCAGGUACUGGCAAGACUACACUUUCAACCGACCACAAUAGGUUUCUGAUCGGAGACGAUGAACAUUGUUGGAGUGACGAAGGGGUGUCAAACAUCGAAGGUGGUUGCUAUGCCAAGUGCAUUGAUCUUUCAAAGGAGAAGGAGGUUGAUAUCUGGAAUGCCAUCAAGUUUGGCACUGUGCUGGAAAACGUUGUAUUUGAUGAACAUACAAGAGAGGUGGAUUAUACGGACAAAUCGGUUACAGAGAACACUCGUGCCGCUUACCAGAUUGAGUUCAUUCCAAAUGUCAAGAUACCAUGCGUCGGUCCGCAUCCUAAGAAUGUCAUUCUUUUGGCUUGUGAUGCCUUUGGUGUUCUUCCACCUGUGAGCAAGCUGAGUCUGGCACAAACCAUGUACCAUUUCAUUAGUGGCUACACUGCUCUGGUUGCAGGCACAGUAGAUGGUAUUAAGGAGCCAACAGCAACUUUCUCAGCUUGCUUUGGAGCAGCAUUUCUCAUGCUGCAUCCAACUAAGUAUGCAGCCAUGCUUGCUGAGAAAAUGCAAAAACAUGGAGCAACAGGAUGGCUUGUCAACACUGGCUGGUCUGGUGGAAGCGCCGGGUCUGGGAACCGUAUAAAGCUACCGUACACUCGAAAAAUCAUCGAUUCCAUUCACUCUGGUACCCUGUGGAAUGCAACUUAUGUGAAAACCGAAGUGUUUGGCUUAGAGAUCCCCAAUGAGAUUGAGGGAGUGCCUACAGAAAUCCUGCGUCCAGAAAAUGCUUGGGCUGAUAAAGAGGCAUACAAGAACACUUUGUUGAAAUUGGCUGGCCUGUUUAAGAGUAACUUUGAGACCUUCACUGAAUACAAGAUCGGCGAGGACAACAAGCUGACUGAGGAGAUCCGAGCAGCUGGUCCAACCUUUUAAUCUCUCAACCAAUGAAGAAGCCAAGAAAUUACUAUACCAGAAAAUAAAGACUAAUGUCUGUAGUAUAAACAUGCAAGUUCUUUGUGGGAUAUAUUAUUAU